AUGGCAAAAGGAAGCAAGUUGCUAGCCGCACUGGACCGCGAAAAGGGCGUCAACCACAAACUCGAGCGCCAAAAGAAACAGCAAAAAGCCGCCGAGAAGAGAAAGAGAGCAAGAGUUGAAGAACAGGAAGAUGAGGCUGUGCUUGAGGAUGCGAUAAAGGAGGCUGAGGCGACCACUGCUGGAAAGAAGGAUAAGAAGGGUGCUAAGCGCGCAAAGGUUGAGCAAGAGGACGAGGAGGAAGAUGAGGAAGAGUGGGAGACUGAUGAUGAGGAUAAGACGCAUGCUGUAUGUUUUUCGCGCUAUCACUUGCUGGUCGAGGACGAUUCUGAGGAUGAGUCUGAUUCAGAGGACGACAUCAACGGUGAUGCUGAACUAGACGAGGAUGAAGACGAAGACGAUGAGGAAGAGGAUGAAGACAUCGCGCUCUCAGAUCUUGAAUCCGUGGCUUCAGAGGACAAGGGCGACAUUAUCCCACACCAACGCCUUACCAUCAACAACACCGCCGCCCUCCUACGCGCCGUAAAGUCCUUUGCCCUCUCCUCCAAGCUCCCCUUCUCCGAGAACCAAACCAUUGUCAGCGAUGCCCCCACCGAGAUUCCCGACAUCGACGACGACCUCAACCGUGAACUCGCCUUCUACAAGCAAUCCCUGGAUGCCGUGACCAAAGCCCGUGCUCUGCUCAAGAAAGAAGGUGUUCCUUUCUCUCGCCCUGCAGACUACUUUGCAGAAAUGGUCAAGAGUGACGAACACAUGGGCAAGAUCAAGAGCAAGUUGAUCGACGAGGCGGCAAGCAAAAAGGCCUCUGCCGAAGCACGAAGACAGAGAGAUCUCAAGAAGUUUGGAAAGCAAGUCCAAGUUGCCAAGCUGCAGGAGAGAAGUCGCGAGAAGAAGGAUACUCUGGACAAGAUCCAGCUUCUCAAGAGAAAGAGAAAGGGCGAAGACAUUGGCAACGCAAACGAAGACGACAUGUUCGAUGUCGCCCUCGAAGACGCCGCCGAAACAGAGAGAAAAGACAAGGCCGCCCGCAGAGCCGGUGGUGCCUCUGCUGGCAACAAGAACAACUUCAAGCGCGUCAAGCGUGACGAAAAGUACGGCUUUGGAGGCAAGAAGCGCUUCUCCAAGAGCAACGAUGCAAAGUCAUCGAGCGAUAUGAGUGGUUAUUCGUCAAAGAAGAUGAAGGGUGGAAAGAAGGCUCAAAGACCUGGCAAGAGCAGGCGUGCUAACAGAGCUUAA